AUGGCGUGCAAAAGUAUAAAGGCAGGGGACGCGACAUGUGCACUUGUCACUGGCUCCAACCUGCUUCUGGACCCAGCAAUUUUCCAAUUGUUGUCAGACCAAAAGUUCCUGUCCCCGGAUGGCGUGUGUUACAGCUUCGACCACCGAGCGAACGGCUACGCAAGGGGGGAGGGCAUUGUUGCUCUCGUGCUCAAGCCUGUCAGUGCCGCUGUACAGGAUGGUGACAUGAUCAGAGCAGUCAUUAGAUCAAUAGGCUCGAACCAGGAUGGGCGCAGCCCAGUGCUGACCCAGCCGAGCCCUCAAGCCCAGGAGGAUCUGAUCCGCCAUGUUUACAAGCAAGCGGGCCUCUCGUUGAAUGAGACUCGCUACUUCCCAGGAACCGGUACGCCAGUGGGUGACCCGAUUGAGAUGAAAGCCAUAGGCCGAGUCUUCCGGAAGGCUCGAUCAGCCGAGGAGCCCCUUUAUGUUGGAUCCGUCAAAGCAAACAUCGGUCAUCUCGAAGGAGCUAGUGCUCUAGCUAGCAUGGUCAAGUCCAUUUUGAUUUUAGAGAAAGGCGUCAUCCCGCCAAAUGCACUUUUUGAAAAGAUCAACCCGGAUAUAGAUGUUGACUUUUACCACACCGAGGUCCCAACCGAAUGCGUCGCGUGGCCCGCGUCUGGGCUACGUCGGGUGUCUGUUAACUCAUUCGGCUUUGGUGGUUCCAAUACGCAUGUCGUCCUAGACGAUGCAUAUCACUACCUGAGAGAUCGGCGCCUUUCAGGAAAUCACUGCACAUCUCCCGUUCCCGGAACUUCAGCUCGCCAGCCUUUGACCAAUGGGAAUGGCACAAGCCAUACCGACGCUGUGGUAAACGGCAACGGCAAAGCCAACGGCAACGGCACGGCCCAUCUUUUGAAUGGAUCGUCCGCGGGUCACCAACUCAAUGGAGCCAACGGCAAUGGAUCCACAACAGAAGUACCUGUCAACGGCCUAGGAGCGGCACAGGGGAUCGGCAGCCUGCCCAGAAUGAUGGUCUGGACCGCCGCUGACGAGAAUGCAGUGAAGCGGACGGUGGGCGUCUAUCAGAAGUAUUACCGAGAAAGAGUCUCGGGAAAUCCCGAGAAACUCGACAGACUGGCACACACUCUUGCUUCUCGCCGGAGUCAGAUGCUAUGGCGGACCUAUGCCAUUGUCGCAGAUGGACCGGAAAUCCAGGGAGAUAAGGCCCUUGCGCCGGUCAAACCGGUUCGAAGCUCAGCAGAAGCUGGGUUGGCCUUCGUUUUCACUGGGCAGGGCGCCCAAUAUGCUGAUAUGGGACACGACCUCAUUCAGUAUCCUGUCUUUGCUGACGCUUUACGGCGUAUCGAUGAUGUAUACGCUGAUCUGGGAUGCACAUGGUCCAUUUUCGAUGAGUUACGCCGUAGCGAAAACAUUAACAAGCCUGAAUAUGCACAGCCGUUGUCCACGGCCAUACAAUUAGCCCUGGUUGAGCUCUUGAAGAGCUUCGGAGUAAACCCCAAGGCCGUGAUCGGUCACUCGUCGGGAGAAAUUGCUGCUGCCUAUGCUACCGGUGCAUUAUCCUUGGUCUCAGCCUGCAAAGUAUCGUAUUACCGAGGGCAUCUUGCUGGAAAACUAAGAAGUGCAAAUGCCUCAUGCCCGGGCGCGAUGAUAUCUAUAAAUCUCGCCGAAGGUCAAGUUCCCACGUUUUUAGAAAACAUCAAGGCGACAGAUGUCUGCGUGGCUUGCAUCAACAGCCCGCUGAAUUGUACCCUGUCCGGCCCUGAAGCGUCCAUUGACGCGGUCAAGGCUGAAGCGGACAAGACAGGUAUCUUUGCGCAGAAGCUCAAGACUGGCGUUGCGUACCACUCACCGUCGAUGCUGGCCAUCGCCGACGAGUACUUGUCACUUAUGGGCAAUCUCGAGGGCGCGGGACGACAGGACGCGAAGACCAGGGCUGCGAUCCCGGUGGUCUCGUCCGUCACUGGGAGGUCUAUCCGCCCGGCAGAGUUGGCUAAGGGCCAGUACUGGGUAGACAACAUGGUUUCUCCAGUGCGCUUCGCCGAUGCAGUCCAGGUUUUGACGCAAGAGUCAGCCAAGCUCAAGGUUGGUCUGGGGAACAUCACCGAUCUUGUCGAGGUUGGCCCGCACCCAGCCUUGAAACGACCCAUUUCAGAUACUAUCAACCAGGAGGGCAAUCGCAAGAAGCAAAUACGAUAUUCGAGCGCGCUGCACCGGUCACAACCACCAAUCCAGACUACGCUUGAGCUCGUGGGCCAACUAUUCUGCUAUGGUCAUUCUGUUUCGGUCUCGGCGGUCAACCAGCAUUCAACAGAGAGGAGUCCUGCGUUCCUAGUCGACUGCCCCGAAUAUCCAUUCGACCACUCCAACAAGUAUUGGGCAGAGUCACGAAUCUCUCGCGACUACAGACUGCGCGGAACAGUGAAAGGGGAAACUCUGGGUGUCCGCGUCUCAGACUGGAACGAGCUGGAGCCUCGAUGGAGGAACUUCCUGAGCAUCGAUUCCAUCCCAUUCGUUGGCCACCAUAUGAUCAGCGACACCGUGGUAUAUCCAGCAGCAGGGAUGCUCAUAAUGGCCAUCGAGGCUGUCCAGCAAAUGGUGCCAGCCGAUCGCGUUGUUGCAGGCUACUUUGUAAAGGAAGCGACCUUUAUCAGCCCCAUUAUCAUAGAGGAGACUUGGGAGGACCGCACAGAAACGUCACUCACCUUGCGGCCUGUUGGGCAGCAGGGUGAUAACUCGACGCAGUUCGAGACGACCAUAUUCUCUUACCGCAACGGCCAGUGGACGGAGUGUUCACGUGCCACAAUCAAGGUCGACUAUGCUGAAUCGGUCACAGCGGAUGACGUUGAAGACGAGAGGCGUUUGGCUCAGGAAGACGUGAAAAGGCAGCACAAGCUGAUAACACAGUCUUGCGACAAGCCUGUCGACUCGAACGUACAUUACAGCUACGCCUCUGAGCAGGGACUCCAGUAUGGCGAUUGGUUCUCUAUCCUGCAGGACAUCCGCUGGGAUAACAAGCUGAACGCGGUGGGACGUGUCGAUGUAUCCAAGAAGAGAUACCAGACCGGCAGCCUGGUACAUCCAGCUGUCCUCGACACAGCCUUUCACAUACUGCGAGUAAGUGCUGGGUCCCAGCCUGCAGCAAACGUGCCCGUCCGCCUGGAGGACGCCUGGUUUGCAUCUUCCGGCUGGCAGCAUCCACAGACGAAUUUUGUGCAGUGGCUGGCCACUUCCAACUCGGCUCCGAACGGAGAAGUCGGCCGCGGCGAGCAGGGUAAGCUCCACGCUCUGUCGGACGAUGGCAAAGUUCUGUGCACCAUCCAGAAGGCUGUGACGGCUGCCGUCACUACGGGCGCCCAAGAAAAGGAGACAAAGCUGCUGUACGGCGUUGAGUGGAAGCCGCAGCUGAGCCUGCUCGAGCCCAAGCAGUUGUCUGCAGCCUGUCGCGCAGACUCAUACACUAGGGAUGAGACCGUCGUCCUGGCAAACCAUGCGAAGAUGUGCUCUGCCCUGGACCUCGCAGCUGCCCGGACACUGAAAGUUGUCGACCAUGCUAAAGUACCUGAGGGUUUAGUCAAGCAUGUUGAGUGGAUGCAACACCAUGUCAGUACCAACAUGUCGCCGGAGGCCCGACAAGAAGCGGAGACCCUCAGCGACUCUGAAGUCGAGGCUCGUUUAUCGGAAGUUGACAACGUUCUGCCGGCGUGGAAGCUCUACACAGAGUGCGCGAGGAAACUCCCAGAGAUGCUGGCUGGCGACCUUGACCCGCUGCAAGUUGUCUUCGGCUCGGACCUCGCCAGUAUCUUCUACGAGGACCUUUUCCUCAACUUGUGCUCUGAUGGCCGACUCGGUCGACUUUUGGAUCUGGCUUCGCACGAGAACCCAGCGCUGCGGUUCUUGGAGGUGGGAGCAGGAACCGGUGGUAUGACAGGCCAUAUCAUCAAGGCUCUUCAGGAGCGUGAGGCGCGCACUGGAUCACCAAGCUUUUCUGAGUACACGUACACGGAUAUAUCUCCCGCCUUCUUCGAGCGUGCAAAGAGCCGCUGGCCCGAUCUGCAAGACCGCAUGACCUUCAAGACUCUCGAUCUCGACCGUUCCGUCGACAGUCAGGGUUUCGAGGCCGGCUCGUACGAUUACAUCGUCGCUGCCAGUGUUCUGCACGCCACGCCACAUCUAGAGGAGAACAUCCGAAGCAUCUGCAAGGCACUCAAGCCAGGCGGUCGCCUCAUCCUGCUCGAGGUUAUCAACCCUGAUGACAUUGCCACCAACUUCAUGGCUGGUCUCGUACCGGGCUGGUGGGUCGCUCGCGAGGAAUGGCGCCCUCAUUCUGCAGCCAUUCCCGAGGAUCUCUGGAAUAAGUGUCUGCGGGAGAACGGCUUCUCUGGGAAUGAUGUUGUGAUCCGCGAUUAUGAGAACGAUAAGUGUCACAUUAUGAGCAUUAUUAUUUCCACAGCCGCGGGACAACCAGCAGAUGUGCAAGAAAAUCCAGCCGAGUCUGGCAAGAUUGUCUUCGUCGUUGAUGACCAGGAGCAAGACCAACAGCAAGAGCUGAUAGGCUCGGUUCGUGGCAAGGUUGGUCUCACAAAAGACCAGCAAGCAAUCGUGUGUCCUUUCACUCUGGGUGGCCUGGAAAAGGCUCUCCCUGACUUGACUGAGCACGACACUGUCGUCUGUCUCGCAGAAGCCAACAAGCCCCUUCUGGCCAAUCUGACCGAAGAGGCUUUCAAGACUCUGCAGUACCUCAUCAACCACGCGCGAAACCUUCUCUGGGUCACAAGCACGAGUACAGAGGACUCACAAUACCCCGACUACAGCAUCAUGCAGGGCUUCUUCCGCACCAUCCGCGCUGAGCAGUCUGAUAGCCACAUCGUGACGCUCGCAAUCGAGGGGAAGUCCGACACGGCAACACGCGCGGACUUCACCCAGAAGGUCUUCCAGAGCUCUUUUGGCCCGCAGCCCUCCGCAGAGCUAGAGUAUGUUGUCAGUGAUGGGCUUCUCACUACUGGCCGAGCUGUCGAAGACGUAUCUGGGAACAAUACGCUGCGGUCCCUGCUGUCCCGGCAACUGCAGCACAGGCCGUGGACCGAGGGCCCGGCCCUGCAGCUGUCUAUCGGUAGUCUUGGAAACCUCGAUACCUUACGGUUCGUGGAGGAUGUCACACACGAGACUGAGCUCGGCCCACUUGAAGUCGAAAUCGACGCCAAGGCGUGGGGUCUCGUACCUCAAGACCUGCAGGCUGCCUUGGGACGCCUGGAAGGUGAUGAUGGUCUGCUUGGUGGUGACUGUGCGGGUGUUGUUGUCAAAGUGGGCCGUGACUGUGACACCUCGAUCAAGCCUGGCGACCGUGUCUGGAUGAUGGCACCCGCCUGUACUCGCCAGUUCCCCCGUGCCGACGCCAAGAACGUGUUCAAGAUCCCAGACUCCAUGACGUUUGAGGCUGUCACUUCUAUCUGUGUCCCAACAAUGACAGCUUACCAGGCGCUCGUCGAGAUAGGCAGGCUGGAGGAAGGGGACCGGGUUCUGGUCCACUCCGCUGCUGACAUCAUGGGGCAGGUGGCUGUCCAGAUCGCGAAAAUACAAGGCGCAGAGGUCUUUGCUACAGCCGCAACUCCUGAAAAGAGGCAGUUCCUCACGGAGAAGCUAAGCAUCUCCAAGGACCACAUUUUCUCUAGCACAACUGGCCAGUUUGCUCAGGGAGUGAUGCGUAUCACGGGAGGAGAAGGCGUCGACGCCGUUUACAACUCGCUGCCUGGAGAUGAUGCGAUGAGGGCGUCUUGUGAAUGCAUGGCCCGCGGCGGUCGGCUCAUCCAGAUUGACCGCACCAACAUCAGCGCUAAUACGACCUUGCCGGCGGCCCUGUUGGCUAGAAACAUCUCGUUCUCGGCCGUUGACGUAACUGACUUGAGCACCAAGGUUGCCAGCAGGCUUUUGAAGAAGACAACGCAAUUGCUAGAGGAUGGCAAGAUCCAGCAGCUACAGCCUGUGCGAGUCUUCAAUGCGUCUGAGAUCGAGGAGGCAUUCAAGGAAUUACAGAGUGGCAGCAGCUUGGGUCGCGUUAUUGUCGCUCCCAAGCCCGAAGACGCAGUCCCGCAAUUCACCCAAGAAAGACGAGCUUGGACGUUCGACGAGAAUGCAUCAUACCUGAUUGCUGGAGGGUCCGGUGGUCUGGGCCGAGCCAUCUUGAACUGGAUGGCCGACCGAGGAGCAAAGCACUUUAUUGUGCCCUCUCGGUCAGGCGCCUCAUCCAAGGCCGCCGCCGACAUGAUCGCACAGCUACAAGCCCGCGGUGUCACCGUCGUUGCACCCAAGUGUGACGUGUCUGACGCAGCCAGCCUCGGCAGUCUCCUGGACGAGUGCUCGAAGACCAUGCCGCCGAUCAAGGGCUGCAUCAACGGGGCCAUGGUACUACAAGACGCCAUCAUGGCGAACAUGACAUUUGCUCAGUGGGAACUCACCAUGAAGUCCAAGGUACAGACCUCGUGGAACCUACACCGGCUCCUCCCCAAGGACAUGGACUUCUUCAUCCUCCUCGCCUCUCUUGCUGGAGUGGCCGGCCAGAUGGCCUCUGCCAACUACGCAGGAGGCUGCACGUUCCAGGAUGCACUGGCCCGCCACCGCGUCGCCCAGGGCCAGCGAGCCAUCUCGCUGGACAUCGGAUGGAUGCGCAACGUAGGCAUCAUCGCGGAGAACUCCGGGUACCAGCGCCAGCGGCAAUCGCUCAAUGACAUGAACCCGAUUGACGACACCGAGCUGCUCGCGGUGCUGGCCCUCGCCUGCGACCCGGAGAACCCGCUGCCGACGCCGACGGCGCCCCGCGCCCCGGGUCAGGUCCUCUUCGGGCUGCGCACGCCCGCCGAGAACAUGCUCCAGGGCCUCGAGUCCCCGGCGGUGCUAGACCGGCCGCUGUUCGCGGGCUUCUCGUUCAUCCCCGGCGGCGGCUCGCAAGCCACGGGAGGAGGGGGCCAGUCCUCGGCGGCGGCGGCGGACCAGGGCGCGGGCUUGCUGUUCCGGCAGGCGGGCGACUCGGGCGAGAGGGUGCAGGUGGUGCUGCGGGCGCUGUCGGCGAAGCUUGCGCGGGCCAUGUCCAUCUCGCCCGAGGACGUGGAGCCGGGCAAGGCGCUGUCGGCGUACGGAGUGGACUCGCUGAUGGCGGUGGAGCUCAGGAACUGGAUCGGGCGGGAGUUCGGCGCCGCUGUGGCUGUGUUUGACAUCAUGGGCGGUGUGCCGAUUGCGAGCGUCGCCGACCUGGUCACUGCGAGGAGUGGAGCGGUGGAUAAAUAA